AUGGUGAAGAUGAAAAUAUAUUUAUACCUUGUUCUAUCAAUCCUGAUAGUUUACACCAAAGCUGUACCACUCCGGAGUGAUGAAGAUGAAGUCAUACAAGUUGCACAAGCAGUUGAUGGCAAACCAUCAAUUCUAUUGAGUCCUUACAAACAGUCCUUAAGUUUUCGUCAUGGAGGACACAGCUCUCAUGAUGGAAGUCACCACAAUGAUCAAGAUAAUGAUCAUCAUUCCGAAGAUCAAGAUGAUGGACACAAUUCUAAUGAUUCUGGUUUUGUAAGUUUCCAUAGUAGCCACCAUGAUGAUGGUAGCGGUGAUCAUGGAUCUCAUCAUGAAGGAGGUCAUGGUUCUAACGAACAUUCUAACCAUGAUAGUCAUCAUUCUGAAAAUCAAGAAAACCAACACAAUGGACACAGUUCUCAUGAACAUGGUUCUGGACAUGAUGGAAAUCAUGACAAUGGUAACCAUGGUGAAAAUCAUGACAAUGGCAACCAUAAUGAGCAUAGUUCUCAUGAUGAAAGCCAUGAUAAUGGUAAUGGGCACAGUUUUCAUAAUGGAAAUCAUGACAAUGGUAACCAUAAUGGACAUAAUUCUCAUGAUGGAAGUCACGACAAUGGUAAUGGAAACAGUUUUCAUGAUGGAAAUCAUGAUAAUGGUAACCAUAAUGGACAUAAUUCUCAUGAUGGAAGUCAUGACAAUGGUAACCAUGGUUCUCAUCAUGAAGAUGGUCAUUCUCACAGCCAUGAAAAUCACCAUUAUGGUGAUCACGGUCACGGUAGUCAUCAUUCUCAUAAUAAUGGUCAAGGAAAUCAAGGACAUAAUUCUCACUCAGGAGAUCACUCACAUCAUAGCCAACAGCAAGUUGAAGAACCAACUACGGACUUAGGAUUUGGUUUAGAUUUAACAACAGGAUUUCCUGAUGUGAGUGGUUCAGGUAGCGAUGUAACUCCAGAUAUACCAGUUGUGACAGAAAUUCCUGAUGCUGCGACAGGAUUUCCUUCAUUGCCUCCUAAUAUUCCUGAUGUGACCAGUGAUGGCUCAAAUACUGAAAUUGUUACGGAUAUUCCAGAUGGAGGUUCAGAUGGUUCAAUUGUGGGAACAUUGGUGCCUGAAAUUCCAGAUGUAAUUACUGAUAGUCCUAACAUAGAAGCAGAUGGUUCUGUUACAGAAGAAAAUGCAAGUACUACAACAGCAACACCUAGUUCAACUUCUACAGCAGCACCUAGCACUUCAUCAACUUCACCAAGCACUACAUCUGCAGCAACAAGCACUUCGACAGCAGUUUCUAGCACUACAUCUGCGGCACCAAGCACUACAUCUGCAGCCCCGAGCACUACAUCUGCAGCCCCUAGCACUACAUCUGCAGCUCCAAGCUCUACAUCCGCUGCAUCAAGCCCUUCAACAGCAGAAACUAGCAGUACAUCUGCUGUUCCAACCACUACAUCUGCAGCCCCAAGCACUACAUCCGCCGCAUCAAGCACUACAUCUGUAGCAACAAGUUCUUCGGCAGCAGCAUCCAGCACUACAUCAGUUGCUCCAAGCACUACAUCUGCAGCAUCAACCACUACAUCUACAUCUGCAGCACCAACCACUACAUCUGCAGCACCAACCACUACUUCUGCAGCACCAAGCACUACAUCUGCAGCACCAAGCACUACAUCUGCAGCACCAAGCACUACAUCUGCAGCACCAAGCACUACAUCUGCAGCACCAAGCACUACAUCUGCAGCACCAAGCACUACAUCUGCAGCACCAAGCACUACAUCUGCAAAGCCUUGA